UUUUCGUUGUUUGUUGUGUACAUGGUACUCUUGAUAAAAGACCAAAUUUACACUAUAAAAUUCUAACAAAAUUUGAAUCAGAAGGAGGGAAACAUCUAGAAAUUUAUAUGGAGGAAAAUAAAGAAGAUUCUAUAUUAGACAUAUCCCAUACGGAACUAAUGGAAAUUAUAAGUAUUAAUGAAAUAUGUAGACUAUGUGCCAAUCAACAGGAAAAACUAAUUGGAAUAUAUACUGCCGAUGGCGAAAAUAAUGACCUAGCUUCUAAAAUGAAUUCAUAUCUUCCAAUAAAAGUGGAAAAAACUGAUGAUUUACCUCUUCAAUGCUGUUGGCAAUGUGCCUCUACUGUUUUAGCUUGGCAUGAAUUAUUUUUAACAAGUAUAGAAGCAGAUAGAAGACUAAGAAGUUAUCAAUUUGUCACAGAGAAACAAAUAGAAAUUGGAACUAAUACUGACAUAAGUUUGGAAGAAGUAACGAACAUUAAAGAAGAUGCAAAGAUGCCGAUAUUAAAUAAAUAUGAAGAAAAUGAUCCAGUAUUUAUUGAUAAAUCAGAAAUGAGUGAUUAUUCAGAUAAUAUUGGUGAAUAUAUAGGCCUGCAGCAAGAAUAUUUGCCACUUGAAGAAAUAUGUGAACCUACAGACAAAGAAGUAAGUGAGGACAAACAGAUAAAUGACAUAAGUGAUGAAGAUGAUCCUUUAUCAAGCAAGGAAGCAGAAGAUAAUAUUUGUUAUGGCUGUCAAACUUGUCAACUCAUAUUUUUAUCUGAGCCUGAAAUGCAAAAACACAUAGCUCAAAUUCAUCCAAUAGAAAAAUGUGAUAAUGGUAAAAUUGAAUCAAAAAAAUCAAGAAAGAAGAAUGCCAAACUAGAUCAAGAAAUGGUAAAUGCUGCAAAAAUAGUUGUGGAUGGCAAGGUGUACUACAAUUGCAAAGAAUGUGGUAGAUGCCUUUAUUCUCCAUAUACCUAUAUCUGGCAUGUUAGAAUCCAUACCGGAGAGCGGCCCCAUUCUUGUCAUCUAUGUGGUAAAUGCUUUCGAGUAUCCCAGGGUCUAGUUAGGCAUCUUAAAGAAACUCAUGAGGGCAUUAAAAAUUUUCCUUGUGAUAUUUGUGGAAGAAUGUUUGCUACCAGGAGAAAUGCUGAUGAACAUAGAAGAAUACAUACCAAUGAAAGACCAUAUGUUUGUGACUUGUGUGGAAAAUCGUUCAAACAGAAAGCUUCUCUCUUUGUACAUAAUCGAUCACAUAACGACGUAUUUCCAUUUAAAUGUACUUACUGCAAUCAGACUUUCAGAACAAGGCCACCUAUGCUGGUUCACAUAACCAAACAUACAGGAGAGAAGCCAUACCCUUGCGAAAUUUGUGGUCGAAGAUUUCGAAUAAAAUAUGAAUUAAAACGACAUAGAUUAAUACAUUCUGAUGAGAAGCCAUUUAGCUGUGAGCUGUGUGGAUUGAGAUUUAAACAAAAACGAUAUUUAAAGAAUCACAUUAAGUUAAACCAUACUAACAGCUAAAAUAUUUCACUUUGUCAAAUCAAAUUUGUAGAAUCAAAUAAUUUUUCAAUGUAAUUAUAAUAAUAAUGUUAUAUGCUC